GCUUUCUAUCUUUGACUUCUCUUUUCUAUUCUAAACGCGGAUUUGUCUGCCUUUCACUCUUUUGGGGGUUCACUUCUAUUUUUGAACUUUUACCAUUCUCCAUUCCUUCAAUUUCCUAUCAUUCCUUUUCAAAUUAUUUGCAAAAUGCAAAUCAGCACAUUAUCAGCCCUCGCGGCAAUUGUCCUCCCAGCUUUAGUAUCAGCACAAUUGACUGGUUCAGUUGGCCCCUUGACUUCAAGAGAAUCUAAAGCCACAAAAAUUUGUAGUGUUUUGGAUUAUGGUGGAAAGGCAAGCAAGACUUCAGAUAUUGGCCCGGCGCUCACUUCUGCAUUCGCUGCUUGCAAGACUGGUGGAACAGUUUAUGUCCCACCUGGAGAUUAUGGUAUGAGUACUUGGAUUACACUCAGCGGAGGUUCGGCAUGGGCACUUAAGCUUGAUGGUAUCAUUUAUCGUGUUGGUAGCGAUGAUGGAAACAUGAUCAUGAUCAAACACACUAGCGAUUUCGAGAUGUACAGUAGUACCUCUGCAGGUGCUAUUCAAGGUUAUGGUUAUGAAUUUCACAAAGACUCGACUUAUGGACCACGUCUCCUCCGAUUUUUCGAUGCUAAAAACUUCUCCAUUCACGACAUUGCUUUAGUCGAUGCCCCUGCAUUCCAUUUCUCCAUUGAUACUUGCGAGAGCGGAGAGGUUUACAACAUGAUCAUUCGUGGUGGUGACGAGGGUGGUCUUGAUGGUAUUGAUGUUUGGGGAACAAACAUCUGGAUUCAUGAUGUUGAAGUGACUAACAAGGAUGAGUGUAUUACUGUCAAGAAUCCUUCCGAUCACCUUCUCAUUGAAGAUAUCUACUGUAACAGUUCAGGAGGCUGUGGUAUGGGAUCUCUCGGAGCAGACACUGCCAUCUCCAAUAUCAUCUACAACAAUAUUUACACUUAUGGAUCUAACCAAAUGUACAUGAUCAAAUCAAACGGUGGUAGCGGAACCGUUUCUGACUGUCAAUUCAACAACUUCAUUGGUCGCUCGAACGCCUACAGUUUAAACAUUAACGCAGCCUGGACUCAAGCAAGCAAAGCUGCCGGUGAUGGAGUCAUCUACGAGAACCUCUCUUUCAACAACUGGAAGGGAACGUGUGAGAGCACCACUGCACGUGGACCAAUCAACCUCCUCUGCUCAUCCACCGCUCCGUGCACAAAUAUCACCAUCACUGACUUUGCCAUCGGAGCUGAUUCCGGCAGCACCGGAAAAUACGUCUGCCAAAAUGCUUACGGUUCAGGAGGAUGUCUUAAAGCCGACACCGAUUCCCCAUCCGCUUACACUACAACUCAAUCUUGGUCCGCUAUGCCAACCGGCUACGAAGCCUCUACCAUGGCCCAAGAUUUGGCUACUCCUUUCGCCGUGAGCGUAAGCAUUCCUAUCCCAACCGUCCCAACCUCUUUCUUCCCAGGUAGAACUCCUGUCUCCGCUCUCAUGGCCAAUGGCGGUGGAUCUUCAGUUACAGCCUCCGCAUCCCACGGAGCAAUCACCACCUCUUCAAAAGUCGCAGUAGCCACCUCAACCGCCGUCGCUUCCUCCUCAAAGGUCGCUGCUACAUCCAGCAAGGCCUCUCCCACAGCAAUCGUUGCUACCAGCAAAGCUUCUUCCUCAGCUGCUGCCGUUGCCACCAGCAAAACCACUCUUGUCACCCAAAAAUCCAGCUCUACUCUUGCUACUUCCGCUAAACCAGCUACUACAACCGCUGCUUCAUCUUCUGGCUCAGUCCCUUUGUAUGGUAACUGCGCCGGAGGAAAGUCUUGCUCUGCCGAUGGUGGGUCAGGUGGUGAAGUUUCUUCAACCGAGAUUGCUAGCUCGGUUGCUCCUGCUGCAACUGAUGCAACGGAUGCAGGUGGAGAGGAAGAUGAUGAGUGCGAAAUUUAGAUGUCUAGACGUCAUCCUCAAAUUGGAGACGUACGACAAGAAAGCAAAUAUAUAAGAAGGGAAUAGAUUCAUUGUAUUAUAGUUAGAACAGUAUCUUGAUUGUAAAUAUUGGAAUGAAGAAAACACUUCCUACUGCCCUAUUGAGUGGGGUGGAGGUUGAUUGAAUUUUAUUUGUUGUAUUUCUUUUGUGUAUGUUCUAUUUCA